AUGGACGAUCCAUGGGGCUCCCCGUGGGCAACUUCCGACAAUCCCACCGCGCCGUCAACCAGUCCCUCCAAGACCAUCCUCGAACCUCCGCCCGCCGCCUUCCUCUCCACCCCGAGCAAUCUGACAUUGCCUUCCGCCCAGUCACCAUGGGGGCUGGACGACGAUGCGUUUGGCGAUUGGGCAUCCCCGGACCCCGCCAAAGCUUCGAACGCGUCGCCGUGGGCUUGGGGCAACGAGCCUGCGCCAAUUGAGCAGCUCACCCCCAGCUACGAGCCGAGGCCCCGUCGCAAGAGCAGCACUCCCAAAUGGCCCCUGAGCCGCUCAGCUUCGCCAGGCCUGAGGGCACCGACUACACCAAAUAGCCUAUCGUCAGGCCGCUUCUCACCAGAUCCGUGGGCAAAUGCUUCCUCCUUCACCAAAGACGACCCCGAGCCUUUGGCGCAACUGCCCCAGAUACCCGAUGUGCCGUCGACGGCACUCGACACUCCCACCAUCGAGCUCGAACCAGAUACCCCGAGACAAAUAAUACCUGAAAGUAAUUCAACAAACGGACGCCCCAUCUUCGACUUCCACCAAGACAUACUCGAAGCCAUAUCCAAGCCCCCCGACGACAUCGCGGAUAUUCCCGUGAGCGACUAUCAACCUGCGCAGUUUGACGGGCCGUCACCUUCCUCAGUAUCCACAUCAUCUGGAGAAGAGGACGAGGUUGAAGAUGACGACGAAUCUCAACAUGUGCCACACGCCGACUCCCCCAUAACUUCGAUCGAAGACAACCCCAUUGCCAAGAGCAUACAGAGGAAAGCCUCGUCCAAGGUCCAGUCCUUGGUAGAGAUGUACGAUGGAAUAGCCAAGAGGACAACCGUCACUCCCGAGCGGCAGCCUCCCUCUCGGCAGAGUGCCAGCAGAGAUUUGAACGCAAGUACAGACGAUACCUCGGUCCAUGACUUGGAUGACUCCAUAUCCUCGUACGACGACGAAUCCAGACCGGCGCAGGCAUCCUCCACGGGAGAUGUUGAGAAGGAGCCCGCCAAGACCCAAAGUGACGUUGCAAACGAAUGGGAGGAGGUUCGAAAGCCAAAGGUUCCAGAGCACGAUCCUUUCAUGGUCGACUUGAGCAAUCUAGACACCUUAGUACCUGAGCCUACCUCUCUUCCAACACCAGAAGACGCGGGAGACGUGACGGAUCGGAUCAUUACCGACAGUUUCACCGGCAUAUCAGAACGCAAGAUGUGGUAUCGGCUGUCGCGCCACGAAUCCCUUCGCAAAUUCAACGUUGGACACGAUGAGAAUUAUGUUCGUAUCACAUGGAUGAACUCCAUCAUGCGAGAUGAGACGAUGAAGAUUGUGCGCAGGUGGAUGGAGGAAGACUCAAUGGGAGGACGCGCUUUCCGGGGAGGUCUCGCCAGGAAAGCAGGCGGCAAGUUCUUUGGCUGGGACUCGACAACAGAGUCGACGCCAGUUGACUUGGAUCGAGUGUUUGGACGCAAGGCAAAGCGGCAAGCUUCUGUGCAUCGACCUACCCACUCUAUUCACGCUCUGCCUUCUCUUUCGACGGCACCUAUGGUCCCUGCGUCCAAGGAGAGUACGCCAGCUUCUGCUCAGGCCAAGGACAAUUGGGGAGGACUGGCGUCCUUUGGCUGGAGCACCGCACCUGGUGAUCCAAAGGCAGCAGAAGAAGCAAAGGCACCUGAGCGCACUAACUUCGCGAAACCGCUUCCCCUCGGUUUCCGAGGCUUUGACAACACUCCAAAGUCGCAUGCUUCCCUGCCUGUCUUUGCGUCCACUAAGCCAUUCGUGUCCACGACUUCAACGGCCGAUAAGCCGUCUGGAAAUGAGGCAGAGGAUGAAGACGAGGACGAUGAAUGGGGCGACAUGGUUUCUCCGACAACUGCAGAAGCAACAGACUCGACGUCUCUUCCCAAGACGAGUUGGGAUUCGUUCUCGACGAACCCGCUACCCGAUGCACUGCUGACGGCGCCCUCUGACGGCCCCUUGGCUCCCAACCCCAGACCCGAAAGUCUCGGCACCGGGAAUAAGACAGCGGAGGAGAGCAAAUCAGGAGUCAAGGAUAUUGGCAAUGUAAUCCGCCCCGCCCCCGCCUCCACACCAGCUGCACCAGCAGGCGCACCCCAUAGCCAAGUCGGUUUGGUUAAGCCGCCAGAGUCGACGUACGCCUUCAGACCGGCGUCUGUGAAGAAGCGACCUCCGAACAUCUCCAUAGCGCCAAACUCGAUCGACCCGCCAGCCCCAUCUCACGAUGGUAAAGCCGGUGUAUCUGCGGGAGGGCUGCUGAACACGCCUCUAACAUCGGGCCUAGGGACCCCGUCCACGGCUCAGCCGCGGAAUAGUACCGACGAUUCUGAGCUGGUGCAGCAGAUUUUGCAGAAUCUGCCUGACCUAUCAUACAUGCUGAAAUGA